GUUUGAACCAUUGAACUCACCAGUACAUUCUAUGUGCCUUCCUGGUUUAUGUGACUGUACUUCCGAUCUUUUGGUAUAGUCUGAUCACCUGAGGAAUUUUACUGUUGGCGCCAUAACAGCUGCCGGCUUCAAGCUACAAAUGUCAGCACAUCUUCCCUUAGCAGAGUUUUUGUAUCUUCGAAAAUGUCUGAUAUAACUUUUAAAUUUGAUCUCAAACAAAUUAAAACAGAGAUCCAAACAGCAAUUAUAGGGUGCUCACAAAGAGGACUUCUACACAGCACAAAAUGGUUGGCGGAAAUGAACAUAGCUCUGAAGGACGUGGAUGUCGACAGUGCGGAUAUAACAUCUCAACAUAGUAUAUGGAAUUUAGGAGAUGACGAUGCUGAUUUAUACACACUUGCAAAGACUUACUUUGAUUUAAAAGAGUUGGAUAGAUGUGCUUUUUACACUGAAAAGAGCACUUCACCAAGGACUAGAUUCCUUCACUUAUACUCACGUUACUUGUCUGGUGAAAGAAAGAAACUUCAUGAUAUGACUGACUCAACUUUGCCACCAGACCCUACUCAAAAUAGUUCAUUGCGUGAGUUAUCUGCUGAGCUUCGCAUGGAGUAUAAAGAAGGGAGGCUCGAUUCAUACUGUCUGUAUUUAUAUGGAGUUGUAUUGAAAAGAUUAGAGUUAGUAAGAGAUGCUCAGAAUGUGUUAGUUGAAGCGAUUCAAAAGGAUCCCCUGCAUUGGGGUGCCUGGCUAGAACUGGCAGCUUUAGUAUCAGAUCAAGGAAAAGCACCCCUGACAGAUAUUCCUAACCACUGGAUGAAACAGUUUUUCCUCGCCCACAUGUACCUUGAGCAGCAGAUGAAUGAAGCUGCCUUGGAAAUAUAUUACUUACUCCAACAAAAUGGCUUUGAAAAAAGUAGUUACAUAACUGCUCAGACAGCAAUAGCUUCUCACAAUAGAAGAGAGGUUGAUUCUGCUAUAGCAACUUUUCGCCAUUUGCAUAAAGAAGAUCCAUACAGAUUAGACAACCUAGAUGUUUAUUCAAAUCUUUUAUAUGUUAAAGAGUUAAGAGUAGAAUUAUCUCAGUUGGCUCAUCAUGUUUGUGAAGUUGACAAAUACAGGGUGGAAACUUGCUGUGUUAUAGGAAACUAUUACAGCUUGCGUUCUGAGCAUCAAAAGGCUGUUCUAUACUUCCAGAGAGCAUUGAAAUUAAAUCCACAAUACUUGUCAGCAUGGACACUCAUGGGUCAUGAAUUUAUGGAAAUGAAAAACACAAAUGCUGCAAUUCAAAGUUAUCGUCAAGCCAUUGAGGUAAAUAGAAGAGAUUACCGCGCAUGGUAUGGCCUUGGUCAAACGUAUGAAAUUCUGAAAAUGCCAUACUAUUGCUUACAUUAUUAUAAGCAGGCUCAACAGCUUAGACCAAAUGAUUCUCGAAUGUUAAUAGCACUGGGAGAAACCUAUGAGAAGCUUGAUAAAAUUCAAGAAGCUCUGAAAUGUUAUUUUAAAGCCAGAAGUGUAGGUGAUAUAGAAGGUAUUGCCCUUCUCAAGAUGGCUAAAUUGUAUGAUAAAUUACAAGAAAGUGAAAAUGCCUCUGCAGCAUAUAUAGAGUAUGUGACUGAUAAUGAAAGUAGUCAAGCAGGUGAAAAAAGUGAAGUUAGCCAAGCUUAUAAGUACCUUGCUAAUUAUUACAUUAAAAGAAAUCAAUAUGAUGAAGCCUAUAAAUAUGCUCAUAAGUGCCUUGAUUAUGAAGAUACAAGGGAAGAGGGCAAAGCCCUAUUAAAGGCUGUGGCACAAACAAGAAGUCAAAGUGAUAGAGAAUUAAUGGUAGGAAAUAUUACUAUGUCUUGUUAGUGUCUCAAACAAAUAAGAUUCUUAUUAUGAUUUUAAUUUUAUUGUUUAUCUAGCAUUGUUUUCCCUUACCUUGAAAAUAAAAUUAAAUAAGAGUUUUGGAUUUAUCUUAAAAAGUUUUUAGUAGCACAAACAAGGUUUUAUUUUAUCUAUAGCACUGUAUUGUUACAUUACCAUUUCAAUAUGGAUAUUGUUAUAACUUAAUUUUACCGCCAGUCAAUCUAAAAUUGAAGAGAGAAUUACAAUUUUUUAUUGAAAUGUC